AUGGCGAGGCACAGCGCCAUCUGCAGCUGCGCCAGCAUGAUGGCACCUGCGCCCGGCCCCAGCAUCUUCCCUGCGAGCCCGGAAGCGAAGCUCGCGAUCGUCGCAGCCAUGACCAUCAUGUUCACGUUGUCGUUGAAGAACUCCACGAAAUUGCCGCAUAGCCCUGGCAUCGCCCCCGCGGCGCGAGCCCGCACGCGGCGGCGCGCGCGCCCCCCGAGGGCGGAGGGGCCGCAAGCAGAAGGGGGACCGCGCCGCCCUCGCGAGCGGCGCUUGGAGGGGGGGGGGCGCCCUUUGUGCCCCAGAAGCGCU